UCAAGGGAUUGUUUCUCUCUAUUUUUUUCUUAUCAAUCGAAAAUAUUGAAAGCGGUGGACGUGCUGUUGUAAAUAAACUUAAUUUUCUUUAAAAGUUGGAAAAGUAGUUCGUGUUGUGACUAUGCAAAAUUUUACAUAACAGCCGGUAUAACCAUGAGGAUAUAUCUGUUAAAAACUGUGUCAAAUACGUUCGGAAGGAGAUUUUUAUCUACUAAAAAUGUGAAGAAAGUUACACACUGUAUUUUCGAUAUGGAUGGCCUUCUUUUGGAUACAGAGUUGGUGUAUAAGAAAAUGAUAACCCAAAUAUGUGCUAAAUACGGUCAUGAGUAUACUGACGAGCUAAUGAUGAAGGUGCUCGGUGGUACAGAGCAGCGGUUGUCCGAGAUAUUGUGUAAGGAACUGAAGCUGCCGAUCACACCAACUGAAUUCAGGAACCAGAUACUUGAAUUAGGAGAUAAAAUGCUGGCCGGUGCUCCACUGUUGGAUGGUGCAGAAAGACUAAUCCGUCAUCUUGACAAAACGAAGGUACCGUUCGCGCUGGCCACUUCAUCUAGCGACAGGUCAGUGAAGACUAAAGUGGCGGCCCAUAAAGAACUGUUUGAGAAGUUCCACCAUAUGGUCAUGGGCAGUACUGACCCUGAUGUCAAAUUCGGGAAACCACAUCCUGAUAUCUUUCUGGUUGCAGCUGCACGGUUUCCUGAUAAACCUGACCCUUCAAAGUGCCUUGUGUUCGAAGACUCUCCGCACGGCGUGACAGCGGGUAUCAAAGCAGGUAUGCAGGUCGUGAUGGUGCCGGAUCCUCAUCUAGACAAGAGAUUAACGAGCCACGCCACCAUAGUGCUGCCAACCCUAGCGAAGUUCCAGCCGGAAAUAUUUGGUCUACCGCCGUUUCAGUGAUUGCAGAGGUGCAGGUUGAACUGGCGUGAGCUUCCAAUAGUGUUUGACCAUAAUAGCUGUAGCCAUAAGAUAUCGCGCGCACGCGCAGGUGUUUAUUUAUUUUUCUGUUGUCUAUCGAAUCGAUAGUAUCUAUUGUUAGUCACCUUAGUAUACCACUUAAAAAUGAUCAAAAUAGCCGGAUUGCUAUUGAUACUGAUUUGCCUUUGCAUGACAACAUUGGAUCACUGUUUGACAGUGAAUUUUAAAUUUCACCAAUUGAUUGGAUCAGCAAUUUAGACUGUGUAGGUAUAGACAUAUUUAGGUAAUUAAACAAAGUACUUAAAUAAAAAAAUAUAUAUGUAGGUACGCACCAAAAAUAAGUACCUACUUGGGGGUAGCCACAUUGAAACAAUUCAUCAAAGGUGAGCAAUAUCAACAAAUGACAAAUAGAUGAAUUGCUUGGAUAUAACCCCCCUUUAGUUAGCAUACAAAAACAUAAAAACUAUUUUUUGAAAAAUAUUUAGGAGAUCCAUUUAUUUUGUAUAGCAAUCCAAGCAGAUAGAAUCUAAUUUCCAUUCGUAGUGCCUCAUUUCGAUAAGUGCCCAGAUUAGAUAUUAAUAUUAUUGUACCGACAAUAAUGCAUAUUUUGUUGAUAUUUGAUUGUUAGUCUUAUCAUUCAUAUUCAUAAUAACGAGCAUUCAUUUAUUUCUUCGCUUCAACUGGCUUCAAGAUUUUUGUAUUAUGGUAUUCUGUCAUGAGACACACCAAAUUUUAUUUUUAGUUAUACCAGUCAUUUUGUUAACCGCCGAAAAGAAAGGGAUGGAUGUGUGUGUCAACAUAAUUCUGUCGGGUUAUUGGCCAAUAUAAAAUUUUGGAACGGCUUUUUAAUUCUGCCUAAAAUUGACGUGUGUUUCGUAAAUUUUAUGCCUGUCGAUUGCCCGUCCCUUUCCUUUUCGGCGGAUAAGAAAAUGACAGCUAUAUCUUAAAAUAAAAUUAGACGGUGUGUGCAGGAAUCAGACCCUAUACCUCUUAAAACGUAGCGUAACUUUGAUUAGAGGUUAGCCAAGUUGCAAACGAUUGCGAAAAUCGACAUUGAUAAAAAUGUACGGGAUUGACCACUGCGUAAGCGUGAAAAGAUUCAAAGUCUAUGGGAUUGACAUAAGGUGAAAUGUCAACUUAAGGUGAAAUGUCAACAUAAGGUGAAAUUUCUAUAUGAGGCGAAAUGUCAAUCACAUAUAUUUUUAUCACUGUCAUUAUGCGUAAUCGUUUGCAAAUUGCCUAAUACCCCAGUAGGGCUAACAUGUGCAACUUGAUAAAAUUUUGUCACGGGGAUUUUAUCGUUUUGUCGAAUGGUGCUAUUAUGGGAACCCGAAUAGGUCAUGUUGUUCUAUCAAAAUAGGAACAAAAUCACGUGGCACGCAUGUUAGGGAAAAAAUAAAUUUAUCGAUUUUGACAAAAUUUAUAGAAUCGAUCGAUAAUUUUAUCACGUUGCGCAUGUCAGCUCUGCUAGGCAGAGAUAUUGUACGGUCACGAGAAUUAAUAUGUAUACACUUUGGUAUCAUGUCACAUUAACUGUUUUGACAAAUUGAACUGUAAGUCUCACUAAAUGUCAAAUAUGUUAGUGCGACAGAGUCCUAAAGUGGGUACAUUAUAUUGCUCAUGACUGUACAUCGCCUAUUGCGAAAGAGUCGAGAGAUAUGUCUCAUUCGCACUACGAAAGAGACAAAAGAUACCAUUAUCAUGUUGUUUUACGGGGUAUAAUUUGACAGCUGUCAUUAAUAAACUAAUCUCACUUGAGACUGCCCUCAAGGUAUACAGUGCUCAAGUCCCUGUUUGUAAAUAAGAACUGUCGGUUUGACAUGAUCUUGAGGGCAGUAUCGAAGCUGAGAUUAGUUUAUUAAUACCACUCUUACUGUCAAUCAGUCAAGGUUAUAUUUAAGGAGUAUACACUGUCUUAGGACGCGAAUGUCACUUUCUCCACCACAAGUUGGUUUUCAAAUGUGCUGUACCCUCAUAUUAUAAACGUGUAUUGCUUUACUACGUUACGUACAUACAUACUUCAUUACUAAUUUUAACUUGUGUUUGUGAUUGUUAGGAGCAAUAUCAGCCCAGUUAAAAGAGAAUGUUCUGGAUCGUGUAUUUAAAUAAUUAUAUGUAUACAGGGUAUUAGAAACGUAACAAAUACCUACUAAGGGGGAUGAUUCAGACCAUGAUUUUAAGUUAAUAUUAAGUGGAAUUUUGCGUCGUCUGAAUCAUACCUCAAAGUUUUUGUUCUGAUGUCACCAAUAACCUAUAUGUAUUGACAUCUAAUUAUUAAAUAUUUCAUCACAGAGACAACAAUUAUUGUAAAACAUUAUAACAAUCUCUUUUAACUAGGCAGUUUACAUACUGGGAUGUAGAUUUUUACCAUGUUAUUGUUAACAAAACCCUAGAUUAGUUAAGCAUAAUAAAUUAUUUACUUGAAA